AUGUCAACUCAAUACGCCAAUGACAUCCCCUUCACAGCAAGCAACAAUCAACAGGCAUUCAAACUCCUCGAACUACCUCCCGACCUCCUCGCCUUGCUAGAAUCAGACAACCCACCAAUUCUCACCAUAACCUCCUCACCAUCCACAAGCACAACGCCGGGCCACGCAAUCCUAACCUCCACCCCCUCAAACUCAACCAUCCAAAAGACCUACCUCCUCCGCCAGAAAAACACUUCAAACCCGAUAAUGAUCCUCACGCCCUCCACCACCUCAGAAGAUGACGACUCUAUCCCUAUCCCGACCAUCACAGCUAUAUCUAAGACGUCCGAUACGAUUGAGUUGAUCGAACAAGUUGACGAGAAAAAAGUCGUUGCAAAGGGGAAAUGGCAUGAGAAGUUCGCGAAGAGCAGGGAGGGGAAGAAAUGA